GAUUAUCAGCAUUCAGAGUUGAGCCUUAAAAUAGCAGCAUCACGACCAACGUCACAGUGGGUGAAACCUAGUUGCUGCGAGAGACGGGCAGCACCGAUGUGUUGUGGACAGGCUCCACGCGUCUCACGCGACCUGGCUUAUCUUUAGCCUGCAUGUUGAAACAUCCUGGAUGCUCACAGAGGAACCGAGACACAAAAGAAAUAACAGCUUAUAUCCAUCGUCAAAAAAGAUCUUUUGGGAGAAACAGAGUUCCUCUGUGUGGUUGAAACCUGACACGUUAUGGGCUGUCGUGUUCCUGAGCAGAGAGGGUGUGAAGGUAGAAAAGCUGGGUGUCAGUGCCGACUGUACCUUCACUACUGAGGUGCACCUCCCUCUGGACUGUUGGUCGACCAGCUGGGAAUCCACAGUUGACUUAUUUAGUCCCUUCCUCCAUAUCAGUCGAUUAGCAUCAGCAGUGGACUCUGGUGAACAUGAACAUCCUGUCAGUCCUGGUUCUCCUACAGCUGCUCGCUGUACCUGCCUUCACUCUGACACAGCCGAGCCAUGACUACUGGGGGGAGUUCGGAGCCUAUGGGCCCUGCAGCCGCACCUGUGGCACCGGAGUGGCGAUGAGAACCAGGAAGUGUAUCACUUCGAGAACUGACGGAGGACACAACUGCAUAGGAUCCUCUAAUUCCUACCGAACCUGUAACACACAUGAAUGUCCAGUUGGUUCCAGGGACUUCAGGGAGGAGCAGUGUUCCCAGUUUGACAGAAUGGACUUUCAGUCCAAACGACGCACAUGGGUGCCUUACUACGGAGCAUCCAAUCCGUGUGAGCUGAACUGUGUGCCAAGAGGAGAGAACUUCUACUAUCGACACAGACCUGCAGUGGUAGACGGAACCCCGUGCUACGUGGGCCGCACGGACAUCUGCGUGGACGGCGUCUGCAGGAUGCUGACCCAUGGAGAGUUUAGGGGCCUGGAUGCCGACACUAACUCCGUUUACUCAGUGGCUCCUGUUGCCGUCGCUCCUCACCCAAGUGAGACGCUCACAUACACGUACAAAACAGGCGUCUACGGCGCGUGCUCGGCCACCUGCAAUGGAGGCAUGCAGUAUCGCAGCGUGGAGUGCUGGGCUCAGGACCCCGUGAACCCCCGUGCGGUGGAGGAGACCUAUUGCAUCACCCAGCGACUGCAGAGGCCCCAGAGUCAGCAGGCUUGCAACAUGCAGCCGUGCGCUGCUGCCGAGUACAGUGUCUCAAGCUUCAGCAUGUGUUCAGUCACCUGUGGGGAAGGCCAGCAGACAAGGGACGUGAUCUGUGUGGGACCAGCAAGUGAACAUCUGGCGGAACAGGCCUGCAGCGGACUGGUUCGUCCUCCUUCUACCCAGGCCUGCCGCCGGCCGGCAUGUCACACGCACAUCACCUGGCAUGUGACUGACUACGGACUGUGCACCCGAAGCUGCGGUGGCGGUAUGAGGGAGAGGAGGGUCAGCUGCUUUGAUACAGAUUUGAACCCGUACGCCGAAGCCCAGUGUGGAUUAGCUAGCAGACCUGUCUCUGCGGAGGCGUGCAACUCCCAGCCAUGCCCUGGAACUCAAAUGGUCCCAAGUGUACAGGAGCCAAGGGCACGUGAAAGCACCAUAAGAGGAUUUGUGCCCCAUGUUCCAGACGACCCCUCAGCUACUGGGACACAGACAAACAUUGUCUACCCUCCUGUACACGGCCCACCGUGUGCACAGUCAUUUUACGGCUGCUGUCCUGAUGGCCACACCUCCACCACCGGACCCAGGAAUCAGGGCUGCCUCCAAUCUGACUGCGUUCGCACGAGGUAUGGCUGUUGUUUGGAUGGGGUGACUCCAGCUCAAGGAUUUGGAAGAGCUGGGUGUCCCGAGUACCAGGCAACUGUGGAACACCCACCAACCCCUGUCGCUCCAUCCACCGGUAACAUGUGCUCCCUGCCUCGUGAUGACGGGCCCUGUGAUGCCUGGAUGGUCCGCUUCUACUAUGACUCCGGCAGCGGUAAAUGUACUGAGUUCUGGUACGGAAGCUGCCAGGGCAAUGCCAAUAACUUUGCAUCCCUGGAGGCAUGCCAGAGAGAGUGUGGCCAUGUGGUGAGGCAGCCCGCACCCCCACCUCGUAGAGGGACCCCAGGGAGAAGGACAACCAUGGGUGCUCUGAGAACGAGGGCAUAAAAAUGCACACAACUUUAUUGCGCUAAUCACAUAUUUGUAUACACAUUUACUAUGUUUACAUACAUGAAGUCGCACAAAAACGUGUAUUGUAAAACUUUCCACAUCCCACAUUCCAUUUAAAGAUCACAGUUUACAAUAAAAAAUGAUCUAUGUCAUUAGUACGUUAUAACUAAUAUAAUUACUGCUCUUGAUUUCAUUAUUUUUUAUCUAUUUUAUCUUUGGCAUUUUUGUUUGUGACACUCACUUAAUUAAUUUUUUUGUUAUUUUUUGCCUUGUGGUUCAGGAGUGAAAUAAAAUUAUUUCAAUGUGAUUACUAAAGUUAAAUCAUAAACCCAA